GGUGGCGCAUGUCGCUCCACAACUCCCAAGACGUAUCCCAAGGUCUUGUCAUACCUUGGCUUUGGGUGGAAGUUGAAAGCCACAUGCGUCGAAGCGUCAAUGACGCGAACUCGUUUGAGAACCAGAACACCGUCAGGCCUUUUGAGCCUAGCACUGGUUCCAUAUGAAAUCCGCUGGCAUGCCACCUGGACAGUUCUUAGCCAGUGCACGUUAUGCUUCAGCUCGGAGAGCAUUGGUUGUCAGGCCGAUCAAUGCCUCAGCCAACCUGAUUCUCCUUAUUUAAAGAUACCCACUGAGUGUUUUCACACGAAGACUUCGAGCAAUCCAAGCAAUCAAUCAAUCAUCCUGAAACAAGGUGGUCUGAUUCAAAAAAAGACUGGUUCUUCCCACCGUAAUCCACCCGUAGACACUUUUCAAUAGGGCAGAUUCCUCACCGCCGACGGAGCUCACGUGGGGCUACCCCAGCCUCAUUUGAGAGUCUCGUCUCCGUAGCAGCUGCCAGAAGAUACCUUGCAUUUCCUUUAUAUCACGACGCAUUUACCUGGGCUAUUUAUCCGGCCUUUCAUGUCUUUGUGUGCCUUCUGGAUAUG